GAAAGAGGUGAAAAUUGUUCUUGCGGUGAAAACAUUUUCGAUCCAGAAAAAAUAAGUCUGUUUGCCGAAAUUUUUUACUCCCAAUAUCAAAUAACAUAUUUUUUUCAAAAAAGAGUUGUUUUGAAUAUAUUAACUUAGAAUGCCUCCAAAGAAAGGUAAAACAAAAAAAGACGACGACUGGCCGAGUGACGAUGACGUGGUCGACCCAAUUAAGGCUGCGAAAAGCGGGAAGAAAGCUAAAGGUGAUAUAGAAGAACCUAAAGCUCAGGUGAAAUCAAAGAGUAAGAAAAUGAGAAACCUUAGAGCUGAAUUGGAAUUGAGUGAUGAAGAAGGACCGCCACCACAAAAACCGUCAAAAGCAGAACCAGCACAGCCUGUGAAGUCUGCUAAAAAGAAAGGGAAGGCAAAGAAAGAUGAUGAUGGUUGGAAUAGCGAUGAUGAUGCUGUAAAAAUGAUUGACCUAAAAAAUAUCAAGUCUGAUGAUUAUGAAGAUGUUAAACCCAAAGCCAAAAAAGUCAAAGCUAAGAAAAAGAAGGCUAAUCUGACUGACAGUGAAGCAGAGGAAUCAUCCCAUGAUCAGCAAAACGUUCCAGAACUUCAGCUAAGCGAUGAAGAAGCUGUACCCAAGAGCCAGGCUAAGAGCAAAAAAUCCAAGAAAAAGAAGGCUAAUGUGACUGAUAGCGAAGAAGAGGAAUCAUCCCGUGAUCAGCCAAAAGUUCCAGAAAUUCAGCUAAGUGAUGAAGAAGUUGUACCCAAGAGCCAGGCUAAGAGCAAAAAAUCCAAGAAAAAGAAGGGUCCUAAAGAAGACAAUGAUAGUGACACUGAAGAUUUAUCCAAAAAGUUCACUAAGGUACAGCAUGAAACGGAAGAAAAUGAAGGUGAUUCUGACAACAGCAAUAAAAAACCUACAAGGAAAAACAGUAAUUUGGUAGAAAACAAUGUUGUUGAUGAGGAUUCCAGUAGCCAGCUCCCAAUUCUCAAACCAAAGGUAGAUGAGAAUAUUCCAGCUGUCGAAGAACCCACGUCUAUCAGUAAAAAUAAAAGUAAACAAAAAAAAACUUCCAAGAAAGCAAAUGCUGCAAUGGAAGAAGAAUUGAACCACAAAAUGAAAGAACUUGCGGUUGUCGAAGAUCAAGAUAACUUCAGCAUCUCAGAUGACAGUGAUGGCGAAAAGCAACCUGAAAGCAAGCCAGAAGAAAAGGUGAAGCUUUCUCACAAGGACAAGAAGAAGCUUAAGAAACAAAUGGAAUAUGAUAAACAAAUGGAAAUGAUAACUCGCAAAGGAGGCAUGGGUCACAGUGAAUUAGACAAUAAUUUCACCAUAUCCCAAGUUCAGCAAUCUGAUAAAAAGUUGGCACAAUUAGAAAAUGCAGUUGAUAUCAAAGUUGAAAAUUUUAGCAUAGCUGCCAAGGGAAAAAGCUUAUUUUCUAACGCCAGCCUUCUUAUUGCUCAAGGACGAAGAUAUGGUCUUGUUGGGCCCAAUGGACAUGGAAAAACAACUUUGCUACGCCACAUAUCGACACGAUCACUACAGAUUCCUCCUUCCAUUGACGUAUUGUUGUGUGAGCAAGAAGUUGUCGCGGACGAUACACCCGCAGUGCAAGCUAUUUUGAAAGCAGAUGUUAAACGAACUGCUUUGCUUGAAGAAGCUGAUAAAUUAGAGAAAGAACAACGCAAAGGAAACCUGAAGGUGACGCAACAAUUAAACCAAGUGUAUGAAGAAUUGCGAGCGAUUGGUGCCGAUGCAGCGGAACCUAAAGCCCGACGAAUUCUCGCCGGUCUCGGUUUCACAGCUGAAAUGCAAAAUCGGCCAACCAAAAAUUUUAGUGGUGGUUGGCGAAUGCGUGUCUCCCUUGGUCGAGCCCUUUAUUUGGAGCCUACUCUUCUGAUGCUGGAUGAACCUACCAAUCAUUUGGAUUUGAACGCCGUCAUUUGGUUGGAUAACUACCUACAAGGGUGGAAAAAAACUUUGUUAAUCGUUUCCCACGACCAGUCUUUCUUGGACAAUGUUUGCACGGAUAUUAUCCAUUUGGAUAUGGAAAAGCUUUUCUACUACAAGGGAAAUUACUCCAUGUUUAAGAAGAUGCACCAGCAAAAAAGGAAAGAGCAAAUCAAGGAUUAUGAGAAACAGGAGAAGAGGCUAAAGGAAUUGAAAGCCCAGGGCCAGUCCAAGAAGGCUGCAGAGAAGAAACAGAAAGAAGCACUAACCAAGAACAAGAAAAAUCGAGCCAAAUUACAAAAGAACGAUGAUGAUUCGGCAGGGCCAGUUGAGCUAAUGCUGAGACCCAGGGAUUACGUCGUUAAAUUUCGCUUUCCCGAGCCCCCGCCGUUGCAGCCGCCUGUCCUGGGAAUUCAUAAUGUCACGUUUGGUUACGAUGCAAACAGGCCACUUCUUAAGAAGUGUGAUUUCGGUAUAGAUAUGGAAUCACGAGUCGCAAUUGUUGGCCCUAAUGGUGUUGGUAAAUCUACAUUUCUGAAACUACUGGUUGGUGAACUGACACCUCAACAAGGAGAACAAAGGAAGAAUCAUCGUCUGCGAAUGGGAAGAUUCGAUCAGCAUUCUGGUGAACAUUUGACAGCAGAAGAAAAUCCAGCUGAAUACUUGAUGCGGUUGUUUAACUUACCGUACGAAAAAGCUCGAAAACAGUUGGGAUCAUUUGGACUGGCCUCGCAUGCACAUACCAUUAAAAAUAAAGAUCUAUCUGGAGGUCAGAAGGCCCGCGUUGCUUUGGCUGAACUCUGCUUGAAUGCUCCUGACGUAUUAAUUUUGGACGAGCCGACCAACAAUUUGGAUAUCGAAUCUAUCGACGCCUUGGCUGAGGCCAUCAAUGACUAUAAGGGUGGUGUAAUUAUAGUCUCCCACGACGAGCGGCUGAUCCGUGAAACCAACUGUCAACUUUGGGUUAUUGAAGAUCAAACCAUAAACGAAAUUGAGGGUGGCUUCGACGAUUACCGAAAAGAAUUGCUGGACAGUCUUGGAGAAGUCAUUAACAAUCCUAGCGUUGCCGCAAAAUUGGCAAAUGAAAACCUGUGAUGAGGUGGAAAAGAACACAGCUCCUGAUUUUUUUUCCUCCGUGUAAUUUGUAUGCGGGGUUGAGAAUAAACAUGAAUGAAAUUGUACAAGAA